AUGUGCACAACGAUAUCCGAGGCGCCCGUCAACGGCGUCGCGCCCACCAAGAACGGCAUCGUCGUCGUCACGGAGAUGGAGAAGAACGCCGCCCCCGUCGAGACUCUGAAGGCGCCCUUGCCGAAUCCUUCGCUGGUGGUCACGGCCGAUCACCGCCUCAAGGCAGAGGAAGCCCCCGUCCUGGCGCCCAAGAAGGGCGAGGUCCUGGUCCACGUCAAGGCGACUGGUGUCUGCGGAUCCGACAUCCACUUCUGGAAGACGGGCAAGAUCGGCACUCUCGUCUUCGAAGGCGACUGCAUCAUUGGCCACGAGGCCGCCGGCGUGGUCAUCCGCUGCGGCGAGGGUGUCAAGAACCUCAAGCCCGGCGACCGCGUCGCCAUCGAGCCUGGCGUGCCGUGCGGCGAGUGCUUCCUCUGCACAGAGGGCCGUUACAACCUCUGCGAAGAUGUCCAGUUCGCCGGCGUGUACCCGUACCACGGAACCAUCCAGCGCUACAAGUGCCAUCCCUCCAAGUGGCUUCACAAGCUGCCCGACAAUAUCUCCUACGCCGAAGGCGCCCUCCUCGAGCCCCUCAGUGUCGCAAUGCACGGCAUCCGCACCGCCGGCCUCUCCCUCGGCGUCGGCGCCGUUGUCUGCGGCGCGGGCCCCAUCGGCCUCAUCACCCUCGCCGCCGCGCGCGCCUCGGGCGCGCACCCGCUCGUCAUCACCGACAUCGAGCCCUCGCGCCUCGCCUUCGCCAAGACGCUCGUGCCCAGCGUCAUCACCUACCGCGUCGACCCGGCGCUCGGCAACGAGGGCAAUGGCAAGGCGAUCCGCGCGCUGUUUGGGGAUGACGAGUACAGCGCCCCGCGGACGGUGCUCGAGUGCACCGGCGUCGAGAGCAGCAUCUGCACGGCGGCGUUCACGGCGCGCCGCGGCGGUAUGGUCAUGGUCAUCGGCGUGGGGAGGGAGAUUAUGAACAACUUGCCGUUUAUGCACCUUUCUCUGGCUGAGAUCAAGCUCGAGUUCAUUAACCGGUACCGCGACACGUGGCCUGCCGGCAUCGCGUGCCUGAGCAGCGGCAUUCUCGACCUCAAGAGCCUCAUCUCGCACACCUUCCCUCUCGAGCAGGCCGUCGACGCCCUCACACUGGCGUCCGACUACAGGAACGGCAGCAUCAAGGUUCAGAUUGUGGACGAGGUCGACUCCGAAGUCUUUUAG